AUGCCAUCCACAGCCAAUACGAACAGCCACAAUGUGACGGGGAUCCGAAUGUUCCUUCGAAUGGGUCUGGCCGUGUUGGCCAUGAGUCUCGUGAUUCUGCAGCAGACGGAACGGCUCGUAUCAUCACAGCUCCAAACGGACCUCCAAAUCCAAAUCCACAAUACCACCUACAGUGUGACAGCGGAUUUGUUGGAUGCGCCCACCACCACAAGAAGCAGCAAUCGUGAUGAUGGUGAUCACACGACGACUACUAGUACUACAAGAAGACAUCACAAUGCCGAGAUUCAGGACAAUAACGAUCGAACCGCCAUUGUCUGGGUAACUCGGUACUUGGACAUUUGUGGAGCGGCUCGACUUCGUCAUUUGAUUGCCACUUCGGGAGCUGCCAAUAGUACUACUAGUACUACCGGAUCUAGUGCCAGUGCUAGUCCUUUGAAGAUCCAUCCCAGUCAGUCUCCUCGUGAUGUGUGGCUACUUCACAAUCACAAUUCCCUGGCCAACCACAGCAGCAGUGACGAGCAGUAUCAGACCAGUCUUCAACUCUUGCGAGAAUUGGAAGACUACGCCAGGGAUGAAAUUGGGACGCGUCUCUACAGUGCCCAGCAACUCUCCCAUCCCACCAAGGGAUUUGACGAUACACGGGCGGGAGCGAGCAAGUCAUCCUUCUUGUCCUUUAUGGUCUCCCAUCACUAUGGGUGGGCAUGGCACAUUGAAGAUGAUGUCUUUUACACGGGACGAUGGAGAGAAAUAUUUGGGGAAGAAUACCAUGAUGGAAACACCAUUCUUGACGGCAGCACCAAUCUACCACCACCCAACCAAUCCAACAAGAGUGUAGUAGCUGUCCCAACAACCACGACACCAGCCUACGACGUGAUUGCUACGGGAAAAUACGUGGGACCCAAGUGGUAUUGGUUCCAAGACGACCCACAACCCUGCACCAUUCGUAUCCCCGAACGACUGUCACUCGGCAAUAAUCAACAACGGUGCGCCAAUGUCGUGGCCAACAUGACGCGAUGGGGCAUUGCACGUCUUUCGGGACGCUUUGCCCAUUCGCUUUGGACGAAUGUCAUGACGGGCAACGUGGUGGGACAUCACGAAGCCGUGGUGGCAUCCGUGUGUCACAGUUACAACUUUACGUGCACGGUGGAGUACUUGUUGCAACCGCGCAUUGGUAGCUUUAUUACGGCCGGGUGGGGUGACUGGGCCAAAGAUUGGAAGCAACGGUUGACAAACCAUGGAACAAUCAAACCUAGCAAGAUAUAUCACCCCGUCAAGUGUGCUGCCUAUCGAGAAAGGAACAAGAAGCAUUUGACACAAUAUUUGGUGUAUUAG